AUGAUCGCAGAAGAUAUAGAUGGUGAUCAUUCGAAAGAAUAUUCUGUUGUUGAAACAAAACGACAUAAACCAUGUUUAAUAUUUCGUGGUUAUCGUUAUGUACAAGAUAAAAUACAAAAUCGAACUAUUUAUUGGCGUUGUGAAGAUCGUACACACUGUAAUGGUCGUGCACAUCAAUUAGUUGGCAAUGGAUCACUACCUAUUCUGACAAUAAAACAUAAUCAUCGACCAAUUGUUGAUGAUAUUAUUAUAAAUGAAACUAUGACCGUUGAUGGCCAGCGUCGUCAAAGACGAAGACAAAAUCUUAAAACAUCUUAUUAUCAGCAGAAUGACGGGGAUGAUCUUUUAUUAUCAUCAACAUCAUCGACCAUGACAUCACCGAUUAAAAUUGAAAAUCCUCAAAAUCGUCAGCAGCAUUUACAACAACAACAGCACGGAGCUAUGGUAAAAAAUUUACAUUUAUCUGAAGUUAUCACAACAGCUGCUGCUACUAACACACAUCAUUAUAAUGGUGUUGGUCAACAUCGUCACAAUACAGUUGAUCCAAUUGAAAUGACUAAAUUAUUAAGUAAUAUAACCACCACCACCACCACAACAACAACACCAAGUAAUUCUACAACAAAAACCAUUCCAACAUCUUCAAAUAUGGAUUAUCCAAGUCGUUUAAAUCAUUUUUCCUGGGAAGAAAUUGAAGGACGUUAUUUACCAGUUAUAUUCAGAAGUGAAAAUGAUUCUUUACAACGUUAUACAUCAAAAAUGUAUGUUGAACAUACUCUAUUUCAAAGUGAAUCAUGGCAACGAUAUGUAGUAUUAGCACGUUCACUUCCACCAUUAAUAUCAUUUCCAUAUACAGAAAAUGAAUUAAAAUUAUUUCGUUUAAUUGUUGAAUGGCAUUUAGCUAGUUUUCAUUUUAAAACAAUUUUACCAUCCGAUUGUCUUAUUCGUUUUGAAGAUCUUUUGGAUUUUUAUAAUGCAUUAAGAAAAUUACGAGAUUCUGUAACAACAGCAACAGCAGCAACAACAACAACAUCAGCAACAACUUUUAAUCGGCCAUUACCACCUCCACCCAUACCAAUGGCACCACCUAAACAACGCGUACUUCCAUCAUCAGCAUCAUCAUCAUCAGCAGCAGCAGCAGCAGCAGUAGCAGUAUCAAAUGGUUUAGCACAAUCAUUUGAAUUACCAACAAUGACUGGUAAUGCAUCGAUAAAACAGCCACAUACACACCAACGUCAUCCAUCAUCAACGAAAAUUUAUCCUCCAACAGUUCAUCAUUCUCAUUCAUCACAUUAUCUUUUACAACAAAAUGCUGAUUUACUUGCAUCAUUUUCUAAUCCAUCAUCACAAACAUUCAGUUUUAAUUCCGUAACACCAAAAUCUAAUGUACCACUAUUACAAUCAUCAUCAAAUCAGUGGAGUGAAAAUAUACCGAAAAUAAAUGAUAAAAUUCGUCCGCCACUACCACCUGUUCCAAGACCUCCAAUUCCUAUGAAUAAUGUUCCACGACAAGAACAAAUAAUACGUGAUAAACAAUUAUUAUCACAAAAACUUCCACAUCAAUCAAUCGAUAAUCAUAAUUUAUCUCGGGAAACAAAAGAAUCUGGUUGGGUACAAAUAAAUAAUGUAUUCGUUCCUUAUAUUGUUAAAUUAAAACUACGUGAAAGUGAACUUGAAAAAUGUUCAACACGCCAACCUCCACCACAAUUACAACGUGAAUUUUAUGUACCAUAUGAGAUUCUAAUUAAAUGCCAUAUAUUUUCUGAUAAUGAAUUUACAUUUAAAAAGUUUUUAAUUAAAGCAACACAACAAGAUUUUGAUAUAUUUAAUAAUCUUAUAUCAAAUAUAAAUAUAUUUGAUGAAAAAGUGCCGGAAAAAACUUUAUUAGUUAAUUUAUAUCAUGUUAUGAUUGGUUUACAAAGAAUUUUAUAUGUUAAAUUAUUAACAACAAAACAACCGCGUACACAAGUUAAUAAAUAUCAUGCUGAAGUAUUAGCACAUAAAGGUGGAACAUUGCUUAUGCAUGAAAAUAAACUUGUACCAUAUAUAUUACAAAAUAAUCGUUUUUAUGUACCAGUUGUUUAUGCAUUUCAUUCAUUACCACAUAUUGUAUCACAAGCUAAACGUGGUGCACGUGCACCACGACAAUAUGAAAUUGAUUAUUUGAAUUUAUUAUUUCUUUAUUUUUCAAUUGAUUCACCACCAUUAACAUCGGACACAUUACUUGUUGAUGCAUUUAGUAUAAAAUCACCUGAUUUACAACCACCAAUUCAUUUUCGUACAUUAACUGAACAUCAACAAUAUGAAAGAAAUAAAUUAUUAAAUACAAUUAUGCGUAUAACACAAACAAAUACUAAUAAUAAAAUACCAAAUAAAUUACAACAACAAUCAGCAACAAAAUCAUCAGUUUUAACAAAUACAUCAACGCAUAAAUCAAAUAAAUGUCCGCCUGCAAAUGUUGUUGUUAAUCCAUUAAUUCAUCAUCCAUCAUUUUAUGGUUUAUCAUCAACAAUAUCACCAAUAAAACAAACAACAGCAACAACAACAGCAUUACCUACAUCAUCUUCAAAUUCAGUUGUUGUUAAUCCUUUAUUGUUACCAUCAACAAAUGAUUUAGAAUCAACAACAAAAAAAUCUUCUAAACCAACUCAAAUAAAAACAAUUAAAUAUGAUAAUCAUUUAUUAAAUGUUAUUUUAAAAACAUCGGAUCAAUCAAUAAAUGAUUCAAAAAUAUCUAUUAAACAUAUAUUUGAACAAUUUUCAUUUAAUAUUAAUUAUGAUAAAUUUAUUCAAUGGUGUCAAACUAAUUUAUUAUUACCAUUGAUUAAAUUAGAUGAUGAAGAAAAAAAAAUUCUUAAUAAUAAUAAUAAUAAUAAUAAUUAUACUGAUGAUUAUUAUGUUGAUUAUCGUCAUCUUGAUAGAUGUAUUGAACUAUUAAAUGAUCUUAGACGUGGUACAAUUAGUAUGACUUUAUUACCUUCAUCAAAUAAUGAGUCACAACAACAAACAGCAUCAAUCAAAUCACAAUUAGCUGGAGCUAAAAAACGUAAAACAACAAUACCAACAACACGUCAUAUACCGCCUCCAUUACAAUCAUCAUCACCGUCAUCAUCAACAUUAAUAAGAAAUGAAUCAUCAAAUCCUAUUCCAAAUGAUAAUGGUUAUCUAUCACCAGAAUUACCUCUUAUUGAAGACCAACCAGUUUCAUCAACGACACAUGAUUCAAUAAUUAAUAAUGAUACUAAUGAUGAGGAUGAUAUUAUGCCAGUUGUAGAUACUGUUGAAGAAGAACAACCAAUUCAAGAAUCAAAUCACUUCGAUAGGAAUACAUCAUUACUUAUAAUUGAUUCAAAUGAAUGUGAUGAUGGAAAAAUUCAACUUGAUGACACAUUACCAUCAUGUUCAUCUGGUUAUGAAUCAGCAGCACCAUUAGCAAAUGUUGAUAUUAAUAUGGUACAUAAUGCAAGUAGUGAUGAUGAUGAAACAAAUUCUACAUCACGAUCAAGAGAACAUUCAUCAUCAUGUCAAUCUGAACAAUCUCAUGCACCUAUUCUAUCCACAGUAUCAACAAAUAUAACAUUAAAUAUAAAUGAACCAGAAAAAAAUGAUUUAACACCGGUGAUAACAAAUCAAAAGUCUAAUAUUCGACAACGUGAUAAAUAUGGUAAAUUUCGUGCACGAUCACGUUCACCAACACCACGUAAUAUAAAAAAGAAACGAUCAUUUGAUGAUGAUUUAUCAUCAGCAAAUACAAUAACAAGUGAUCAAAUAGAACAACAUUUACGAACAUUAUUAAUGCCAACAAAUGAACAGCGUCGUACACGUACAAGACCAAUUAAAACUCCGACACGUCUUGUUGAAGAAAUAGCUACAAACAAUUCAAUCAAAACUACUGAGCCAGAUAUGAAUACUUUCGAUGUGCUUUCAACAUCAUCAUCAUUAACAACAACUGAUAGUAUAAAUAAAACAAACAGUAAUGAGCCAAUGAUAAAUCAUCAACCAUGCACAUAUAAUGUAACUAUAUCAAAUAAACCAAAUAAAUUAGGUUUAACUAUAAAAAAAGUUAUUCAACGAUAA